AAAAAAUUUGAAGAUGAACUAUUGCCGUUGAAAUAAUUAUUCAUGAUAUCGCUUAUGAAAUUUGGUUUAAAUAUUAAUAAAGUAGUUGGUAUACUUAAUGCAAUGAAUGUGAAUAAAAGAUUCUUCCAAUUUUUAGUCGAAAUGUUCAAAAGUUUGGUUAAAUAUUGAUUAUUUGAAUUUUCCAAUUGAUAAUUGUAUGAAUUAAAAUAAUGAGUAUUAUCUGAUGCAGAAAUUGAGAUGAAAAACAAUGAAAAAACGAACAGCAAUGAAUGAUUUAUUGAAUGAAGUAACAUAAAGAGCCACAAUUCAAUCAAAUAAGAAGAUGAUCUGAUCUAAAAAGAUCUUUUGAAAUGGAAUAUUGGAAUGUGUUCUUGAGAUCGGACUUGAAUAAACCAGGUAAGAAGGAGAAAGCAAAAGAUCUUGUUCUUAUACCAGGCAAUAACCAAAGCUCAAAUAACAGUAGGCAACAAAAAAAAGCACUCGUUCCAAACAGAAAUUUAUCGUUUUUGUUGACGUUUAAAGUAAUUAAUGUUUGAUUAUUUAUCUGUUGAAUAUUUUUUUCGAUGGCUUACAGAAAAUCGGUAAACGCACUAUAAUCAAAUCACGUGAUGAUUUUUAAUUAUAAACUACACCAAAAAAUCAAGUUCAAAACUUUUCAUAGAUUCUAUUGUCAAUUUGAGCUUAAUUUCCAUCACUCAGUUUGUAAUAGCACACCCUAUAUAUCCAAAAGAAAAUAUGAAUCAAAAGAUACAGUUAAAGCACAAUAAUAUACGUUGAAAAAUCAUCAUCACCAGAGUCCAAUUAAAAUUGUAGCAGCAACAAGUAAAUAA